GCGUGACGUAGGAGGAAGAAGACGCCAUUAGGGGCAGCGGGGCCGGUGUUUGCCAGGGCGGGUUGUGGUUUUUGGCGUCUUCUCUUUUCUCCAUUUCUCCUCGCUGCCUGUUCCCGCGUCCUCGGCGGUGCUUUCUCCUCCCCCGCGGGGUUCCGGUGGCGGCGGCGGCCGCGGGGCGUUGAUGUGAGGCGGCGCUGGGCGUGCGGCGCGGAUGGCGGCGGGGCCCGGCGCGGCGGCCGGUGGCCGCAGCUUCUCCUUCAAGGUGGUGCUGCUCGGGGAGGGCUGCGUGGGGAAAACCUCCCUGGUGCUGCGCUACUGCGAGAACAAGUUCAACGACAAGCACAUCACCACCCUGCAGGCAUCUUUUCUUACAAAGAAGCUAAAUAUUGGUGGGAAGAGAGUAAACCUUGCAAUAUGGGAUACAGCUGGUCAAGAAAGAUUUCAUGCACUGGGACCGAUUUACUACAGGGAUUCUAAUGGCGCUAUUCUAGUAUAUGAUAUAACAGAUGAAGACUCUUUUCAAAAGGUAAAAAACUGGGUUAAGGAAUUAAGAAAAAUGUUGGGAAAUGAAAUCUGUUUAUGUAUAGUAGGUAACAAAAUAGACUUGGAAAAAGAGAGACAUGUUUCAGUGCAAGAAGCAGAAACGUAUGCUGAAUCUGUUGGAGCAAAACAUUAUCAUACUUCAGCUAAACAGAACAAAGGAAUUGAAGAACUGUUUCUUGACCUUUGUAAAAGAAUGAUAGAAACGGCUCAAGUGGAUGAAAGAGCAAGAGGCAAUGGUUCCAGUCAGUCAGGAACAGCAAGGCGAGGUGUACAGAUCAUUGAUGAUGAGCCACAAGUACAGAGCAGUGGAGGGUGCUGUUCUUCUGGAUAAUAAAAAAAACUGUGCAUACCCUCUCAGUAUGAAGACUGCCAUAUUCCAAGUCACACGUUCUUUACCAAUGGAGUAAUAGAAUUAACAGUAUUUAAAAAUAAUCACAUGUAACACUGCAGAGACCUUAAGUGCUAAACUAGUGGCAUCUGUGACCAGAGAAUUGGCAUUUUCUACAGUGGUUAACAAAGCAAUUACCAAUGGCCUUUUUACAUAUUUUUCUUUAAUGAGGAAUAAUAUGCAUGUAGAAAAGACCUACUUAAAGGCUUCAUUUAUAUUCUUUUAAAUCAGAUCAUUAUUUAAUAACUUAUAUACAUUGUUGUUGGAAUGGUAUACGUUUUUUGCAGCUCAUUGUAUUUUGUGGUAGAUUGAAUUGUAUCACUUACAAAAUGCAAAUUGAUUUUUUUUUUUUUAAAUUAGCAGAUAUCUGAAGUAAUAUUUUUGCAGGGCCUUCACAAACCUAUAACUGUCAACUACUUUCAUAUAUUCUGUUCAUCCUGUAUGCCAAGCUGGUAAAAUACAUUGUAAAUUACGUAUUAAAUAUUUUAUCUGCUUUUACAAUUGCAGGUGCAGAAAUAUGUACAUCAGUCUUGUCAGUGAUUGUGAAGUGAAUAAGUCAGUGAAAGAUGCAAGCUUUUCAUGUGUACUAUUGCUGUUCUCAGGUAGGCAAAAUAGAAUGAGCUUUUUUGGUACAUUCAUAGCUGCAGGAAUUUUUUAAAACCUUUUUUGGCAAGCAGCAGUAUUUAGUGUCCCGUUAAUGGGAAGAGAACGUUUUCCUGGACUGCUGUUUAGGUAUUUGACUCCCAGCUAAAACACUUGGCACAUGCAUAUAUCUUGCCUCUGCAGUUAAUUUGGCAUCUCAGAAUAUCUCCAGAAAGCCAAAGCAACUUUAACACUCAUCUGGUAGCCAGUAAAUCAGAUACAGGGAAACUCUUAAGCUGCAGCAAUGUAUUUGUGUUCCAAGACAGCAUUACAAACUAUUAAUGAACAUUUCCCCUCCCGCAAUGUUGGAGGGCUUGAGUGAACAAAAGAUUUGGUGUUAACUAGAGUUGCUUCCAAUUUGGAGUGGAUAAAGGGAAGUUAUGAAACUUGCCAGAUGCAAUUGUAACUUUGUGGAUACUAGACAGAACUGAACUUACUCCUGACUUGCUCUUUCUCUUGUAAAGCGUUUUGAAGCCCACUAAAGUUUUUUGGUGAGAGUUUUCAGAAAAAGUGUAUAAAAUACUAUCACAAAGGAACACAGAUGGUGGUAGUGGAGUCUUCAAAAUGUUUUGUGCUCUGACUUUUUUUUACUUAAGUUGUCAUGCUUGGAAAACCAGUAAAGGUGAUGUCUAUGACAAUAGAAUAUUCCUUGGCCUUCCUUUUUCUAAAAUGUAGAAUUAGUAUUGCAUAUGAGAGCAUUGGAUGGGGUGGGUAUGUUCAGAUGCACCAAAGGAGUAGUAGUAACUAAUCGGUUUGUGUAAGAGAAGUGUGUUGUCUUCGAUCUGAUUUUUUUUUUUUUCUCUGAAAUAAUAGAUGGCUUUGAUACAGACUGGUCGUUGUGCAUUUUUUUCACCAGACUUUCUGCAUAAAGCGUGGUGUAGAUACUUAAUCUACCAUUGCUGUGCUCUCCUGACAUGAUUGUAUACAUAAUGGACAGAGGUGAUCUGUUGAUGCUAGUGAAGAUAGUUUCUUGACUGCACAGGCCUUUGAUAUGAACCUAACAUUCAUGAUAAAGUGUGUUUGUGUAGCAACACUAAGUUAACAUUCUCAUGCUAUGUGUAACUUAACAGUGAGCCUUGCCAAAAUCGGAAAACAGAUCAGUUUAGGUUUAAAUCAAAUCAAACAAAGCUAAAUGCAGUUACCUUCAAAUCCAAUUAAUUGAAAGUCAGUCUUAAAAGAGAUACAGUAUUGACAUGAGGAAUGAAAUUGGCAGGACUUUUGUUCAAGACUGGAAUCUCUAUGUAAUAGGAGUUCCAGAUUUUCUUAUUCAAACUUCAUUUUUCGCAAAGAUGGGAAACAAACAACCCAACCUCAACUAGACUUUAUAAGCAGAUGAGUCACGAGUGCUUACCUACACCAGCAUGUGUGGUUUCUCCAGAGCAGAGCUUGCUGUACUUCUUUGGAGUGAACAGAUGCAAUUCUGGUCUGGAAAUAAUACUAGAUGUUUACCCAAGAGUGUGUUGCGUUUGAAUACUUUGAAGUAGAAGCAGUGUGUGGAUUAUAUCUUCCUGCCUGCAACUAAAGAGUUUUUCUUCACUUUUUUCUGUGAUAAGGGCUUUAUAUGUGACUUUUGUCAAUUGUGAAACUAACAUCGGUGUUGAUACUAAUUCUUACAAAACUAAAACUGUUACUACUGAAAAGUUAGAUGGGAGUAAGGAAGCUUUCACUUUUAUAUGAUGAAAAAGGUUCUGGUUGCUAUGAGCAAAAUAUUUUUUUAAAGUAAAUUCCUAGAAGUUCCUCUUCUUGCUUAAGCAACAGCAUGAAAAAUACUCUCUGGAACCUUCCUGCCAAAGCUGCAGUUUGGUUGAACAUUUAUUUAUGAACUUAAAACCUGUGCUUAGCCGGGUAUCCGUGUGUUACCUUACAAAAGAAGUCAGGGAAGUUGGUUUCCAAGCUAAGUUAAAAUGUUAUGGAUUCUGUAGGCUGAUUAACAUAAGACCUCAGUUACUCAUUGUUAGCAGACUAAAUAUAACAGUUCCAGGGAAAAGCGUCUUUAUUAGAGAUAUGUAGAGUGUUCUUUGCAUCAAAUAUAAAGGAAAAGACAGGUAGCUUUGUCUUCUGUAUUUGAGAAGGAUAUUACUGGAUGUAAUUUUCUGGAAUUACAUUUUCUGGAAUCUAUCUUAAUUUGACUGGUUUAUGUGUCUUAAGGAAAACUUUUUGUUUUUAGCAACUGAAAUUAGCAACAAGUAAGCUAAUUCUCAUUCCUCUGAGAAGAGUGCAAGAGAACAAGUAUGUCUGUAUUUAGAAAGUACUUCUAUUGUGGGAUAGAUAGAGCCAGAUGCCUGCUACGGCAUGUAAGCCAAUAUUGAACGCACUUCUUCAGAGUGAAUCUUGACAAAUAGUACUCAUAACUAUAAUAAAAAAGAUCUAAGUUAACCACAGAUGCCUUUCUGAAAGAACUUUUAAGCUAACUUGAUCACAGUCUUGAUGCUGCUGCUGUGAAUAGUUGAGCUACCUAUGAAAGUUUAUCACUUGCUGAAAUGAAUAACAAACCAAAGCCCAAACACUUUGAUGUACCAGUAUGUAUCUGUUAGGAGUUAUUUAUGGAUAUGGUCUUAUUGCACUUAAAAGUUAAAAGAUCAGAUAGAAUGUUUUUGUCUGAAUUAGUUUAGUAAGUUCAGAUGUGUAGUACUUGCAGAUGAGUGUAACUUGCUGUUGAGAUUGUGGAUGAUGACUAUCUGCUUUGCAGUAAUCUAGCAUAUGGUCCCAAGAUGGGGGGUGUCUAAUGUCCAGAUGAACUCUAUUAUCGAUAUUCAAGCAGUCAAGCAAUCAAGUGUUGCCUUGAUUACAUGCUCUUCUUUAGUGUUCACAUGUAGUGGACAGGCGUUCUUGCUUACUACCACAUGGAAAAGUAUCCCUUAGCCCUUGUUUUCUUGUCAUUUUGAUUGUUCUAGGUGUUGAACCUGCAAUUCCUAGUAAUUCAGUCUCUACUUUAGAUUCUAAGCUGGAUGAGAAAAGCUUUACAUAAAGGUAUGAGGUUAUGGAAGGUGGUUGGAGCUCAAAUGGAGUUCUCUAGAAGUGUUGGAUGCUGUCAGAAUAAAUAAUUUAAAGAAGGUAAGAGGAAUGGGAGUUAGACUUGAGGACAAGUGGUCAGAAGUCUCAACUAGCUGAAUGCACUUAAAUGGAGUGAAAGAUAAAGUACAGGAGUAAGAGUUGGAGCCAGCCACCUCUGUGUGGAAAGAAGUAGAAAGAAAAAGGCAACUAGGAAAAACUAAAAGUGCUGAUAGUGGGCUGUGGAAUAAGGUGCAGAGUUAACCAUUUAUUGGUGGAGUUGCUAGCAUGUCUUCUCAGCAAUGGUGGUUGCCUAAUUCAAGACUUUUCCAAGAUGACUUCUUAAGUUGUUUUCCCUUCCUUGAAAUAGAAAUUUUGCUUCACUAAAAAUGAUAUAACUGACUUUCAACAGGCUUUCAGACACAAUACUAACCUACUUAAAAUGACUACGCUGUGCUGAUUUACGAGCUAUUUACAGUUAACUGACUUGGUUAAUCUUAGUUUGCAUCAAAGCUUAGGAUUUUUUUUCCUGUCAAGAAAUAUGUAUUUCAGUGAAGAUUACUUUUACUGUGGUUGUGGUAAGGAGUUGCACACGAAGACAGAUCCUUGGCGCUAGUUGAUGCGCAAGCUCAAUUAAGACAGCCCAAAAACUAGCUGUCUUUGUACUGAGCACUGUUUGUCAUGCUAUUCUUUGAGGGAGUUCUACUCAACACCAGAACUUUUAUCUGUGUUUAAGACCAACCCAACAAUAAUGUGUACUCUAUUGCCUCUUUGGAGCUGCUGUUGGCUGCUGCUUUGAGCAGAAUGAGACGGAAGAGCAGUUUUGAGAGUUGUAGAGAAUCUGGAAUAUUUCUUGACUUGGCUUCAAAAGUGAGAGUUUAAAACUGUCACCAUUUUGACAAAGUUGUUGUUCUGCAUAUUUUGACUUGGGAAAAGUUUUACUGUAAUGUGAUUAAAAUUACAAACUACUUCCAAAACAAACUUAUUUCAAGCUGAUCUCUUUUCUUAGUAUUUAUUCCCAAUACUUAACUUACUAAACUUGGCCAAAACCUUGAAUUGAUUGGCAUGUUUUGCAGCCCUAAAGUGAUGCCUAUGACUGUAGAGAGAAGCUGUGUACUCAUUCAUAUUUCAGUGGACGUUUUUGAGUUUUGAUUGUAUUUAUACAGCACGGGGAUAUUAAAAGAUGGCCUGAAAAAAGAAUUGUUCCUAUUUGUUGCCAGUGCUUUGUGCACUUGGGCAAGCAGUAUAACCUGAUACAGCUGCAGAGUGAAUGUGAAGAGAAGGCUUCUAUCGCUUUUCUUGCUUGUUGGCUGCACCGAUCCAUCCUGUUAAUGAGCUACUACUGGAAACUUUCAGUGCUGGAGAUCCACAUGUAUGAGAAAGGAAACAUUUAUGUUUCCCACUUGCUUCGCUAGCUGUUCCAGUGAUCGAUCCCACAGCAGUAAUAUCCAGUUCCUCUCAGUUUGCGAACAUUGUUUCUUCACAAGAUGAGCUUUUCUUAUUUCUUGAUGACAUUUUGUUUUUAGUAUAUGUAGUCUCACAGAUCUCUUGCAAGGGGUUUUAAUACUUCAUUGUAGGUCAUCUAGGAGUAAUGGCACUUUCAAGUAUUUCAAGCAAUUUCAAGGAUGAUUAGUAGCAGCAUUGAAAAAAUCUUACCCAGCAGCUGGUCAUAUCUUGCCUUCAAACUAGUGAAGAAGAGAUUAUUGCAAGUUUAAUGGUAAGUCCUGUCUCUCUCUGAUACCUGACUCCUGAUUCCUGGUUAUUGGAAGUGACUUAAAAGAAAGCAAAGUUGAGAGGACUGGAGAUACCAAGGACUACUUUCUCAUCUCUUGCCAAGUAGUUGAUAUCCUGUGACAGAUCCAAACUCAUGUAAUGCAUUUCUUUUUGAGCUGUUGAAAUACUUAAAUUGCAGACCUUUCUUCAAGUUAACUAUUACACUGUUCAGAAAGGCAAACAAUUUGGGACUUGCAGUGGAAAAGAACUAGUAAUUUCUAUUUUUCAGAACAUGAAACUUAAACUGCCUAAUCAGGCUUUUCUUAGUGGAAAGAGAAGAGGAAAGCACUUGAUACUUAAAUGUUUUAAGUGCUGUCAGUGCUAUUUGAUCGUACAGGCAUUAUAAUGAUUGCCUUACUGGAUUCUUGUCAUCAGAUAAGCACAUGGAGCUUAUUGGGCUCAAUCAAAUAGAAUACUUUUUCUUUGAACCCAGAGAAAAAGUUAGUAGGGCAAAAGCCAACACUGAAAAGGACACAGCUUUUUUUAGUAUCAGGUAACUUGGCAUUACCAAACACUGCAGGAAUGCUCUAUUUGGUAUUUGUGGAUAAAGUCUUGAAAAAAAACAUAGUAAAAUAUAGCAUCUAGAAAAGGCUUCACAAGCCUUAACUUGCCUAGUGUGUUGCUGCAGCUAGGGUUCUCAAAUACUUCUUGAAGUAUUUUAUACACCAGUGCAUUUACAUGAACAUAGUUCUGUGAUGAAUUAAUUCUAAGCAAUCCAUCUAAUAGGGAAACAAACCUCUUUAGGAUGACUGCUAUUCUAUCAAUGCUUAAUAGGAAAAGUGAAUAUGCAUGUAAGUGGAAAUGGAUCAAUAGAAAGCAGAAAAAAUGCGUACUGAAAAAUGAAGAGAAGAAAACAACUGGAAAUUCUUGUUACUGUGAUCUGAAAAUUAUUCUCUUUCAUUUUAUGAAGUCAAAGAAUUUGAAACUUGAUGAACAGUCUGUAAUGUAGUGGCUCUGAAAUUAUUGGAGGUUGGGGGCUGAGGCCUGGCUUACAAAGAUUUAGGAACAACUGAGAUUGCAGGUGCUUUAUGUUACAAUAACAAAUUUCUGUACCUACCCGAGUAUGAUGUCAUGGAAGAUGGCUUUAGGAUGCCAAACUAGGCUAAGUGAGGUGGUUCUGUUAUGCUAGCACGUACCCUGGAAACUGCAGUGUGAGCAGGGAUACAUACAAAUGCAGCUUUGAUUGUCAAAAUCGGUGUUCAGCAGCCCAGAAGUUUGUGAGGAAGAAGCAGGUGCUAUUAAACUGCGUUUGCUGGCUUAAUAAUAGCCCCAGGCACACUACCUGUAUGCUAAGGGAACAGCAAAACGAAGUCAAAUGUGGAAUUGAGGCUCAAGACUGGGAAUAUUCCACUAAUUGUGUUUGUAUCCUACUGAUACCCUACUUCUACCAUUAGCUUGUGUACACUUCCCUGGUGAAAAUUGUGCUUCAGCUAAUGCUGAACUGGACUAGUGACUUGAACUGGAUGGACAUUGUGAGUGGAAACAGCAGCAAACAGCAGAAGCAGCAUGAGGUAAAGGCAGAUUGUACAGUUCCUGCUUUUUAGUCCUUUCACUUACACCUCUGAAGUCAGUAGAUCUAUCCUACUGUCUUUAUGUAAGGAAAUGUAUUUUCUAUUUGGUGAGAUUUUUUUGUCAAGAAACAAAAAUAGUGUAAGAACUUCUGGUAGUUCCUUCACAGAUUUAGUAUUCCCAUAUUCUGUCAGCAUCUGAUUAAAAGGGGUUAUAUUAAAUGUGGAGAGCAAGCGUGCUGCCUGUAGUUACACCCAGCAAUCUGAGUCCUGUGGUGAGUGUUUCAUGAGGCAGAAGAGUAUCUAAUGCACCUCUGAUUGCCAGCCUACUUUCCCACUGUUUUGUGACAUAAAGUAAUUGUAAUACAGUCCUCAACCAUAAGAUGUGCCUAUACUGGUUAGAGAAAUCGGUUUGAGGUUUAAAAUUACACUAAAUUGUGGUUCAGUUGGAUCCUUCAAGGAUUCUUGACCAUCCUUUCAUCAUGUGAAUACAAUAGUGCUUGGCACCGUGGGACAGUGCUUCUUUUCCAUGGAUUUAGGGAUUUCAGCUUGGGAAAUCUCUGAAGCAAAGAGAAGCAAGCUACGAAAAGGAAGUAUAUAAAACAUUUAUUCUGUUACUUUCCUGCUCUUUCCAGGAAACUUGCCUGUUGGUGGUGUUACAAUGCGUAUGUACAAGCAAUGAGGUUACUACUAUUUGUCCUUGUGUUCUGCAUUCCUAGCUCUGGCAGUGCUAGUCCUUGCCAAUCAGCAAACAACAGAUCAGUUUCUGUUUAGUCAUCACUCUCGGACAGCUUCCAGACAGUCUCUGUGGAGGCCGAUGCAAUCAUGAGUUUUCAUGUUUUAUCUGCUCUACUUCUUUUGUAUUUAAAAAAAUUUCUUCUCCCCACUGAGAGAUCAAAGCUUUUGUGAACUUGUGAUCAGUUGUACAAACUAAUGUUUUCUUAUGACAAAUCUUGUAUGUUUUGGGUUGUUUCAUGUUCUGGAAUUCUAAUAAUACUUGAUAUGCAUGGGUAGAAAAAAUCAGGUUCACAAACAAGAACUCACAGCUGUGGUUAUGGAUAUACAAAACGUGACAGUGCAAAUAACUUGAAGAAAGCUCGUCAUCCAAUGUAGUGCCCUCAUGUCUUGUUACAUCUCUAUGCCUUCACACUAAAUAUAAAUAAAUGCUGGUGGGGAAAGGGAUUUCCUUCCUUGUACUUUCA